AAAUAAAGAAAAUAGAUAGCGAUGAUUAUAUAUUUAUUUAGCCUACAAAGAUGACAGUUUGUCUGCUAUGAUGAUGAUCUAAAAUAUGUCCGUGGAUAAACGCUCAACAUCCGACCAUUGAUCCAGAUUCCAGACAAUGCAGAUCGUGCUGCAAUCUACACAGACACGGAAUUCAGCGAGACAGGAGCAUUUCACUAAUAAACACCAGACGGCUCUGGACUGCACAAUGAUCGGAUACCUGUUGAUGCAGCAGCGGGGGCUUCUGCAAGGUCUUUCUAUGACAUGAUUCGAAAUCCUUUGAACCCAAAUUGCAGUGUCAAGGGAGUUAAUCUCGUAUUUUAUUCAAUUGGGCUAUAGAGACAGAAUGGGCACAAUAGUUGAGGAGACGUUCUCUCUGUUGAAAUAUCUUUCUACCUGCACCUGCAUGUGAAUGACAGGUUACUACGAGACAGCAUGGACUAUCAGCCUGUCAUAUCUCUCUUGGACUGCCCACUGACACACUCACUCUUAGACCUCAUCCAAUACAUUUUGAAUAACGAUGCUUAUCCGAUUCCUUAGAAUCCCUCGGCCAAAAAUAGGCUGCUCCCUACUCCUCUUAUUUGGCUAAUUCCAUAGGAACCGGUGGAUCCAGUUAUAUUCUACGCUUUCUUUCUUUCUUUCUAUCUUUCUUUCUUUCUUUCUUUCUUUCUUUCUUUCUUUCUUUCUUUCUUUGUUCCUUUGUUUCUUUCAUUUAGUCUAAAAGCAAGUUAUAUCUUCCCCGACCUGCUUUAAUAAAUACAAAAUCCAGUAAUACACAGUCUAUAACUGUUGAAGUGCCCAUAUUUUGGCUAAUCAAGGUGUACUUCAUAGAAUAUUAUAGGAUACAUACUGUACAUAAAGGGAAGGUGCGUGCGGGCUGAGGUGAAAAAGUUGACGGGCUAGUUCAGCACAGAGGAAGUAACUACCAAAUCUACUUAUUGAGGAGUGUGCUGCCAUGUUCCUAAACUUUAUUCAGUUUGUAUGCAGGACAGGACCGUGGUAUAUUCAACUGAAGUUUUUAUUUUAGGUGUCAUACUUUUUAAAAAGAGGAGAGUAGACCCUACAUUAUUAAUUGUCUAUCAAAUACAUAUUAGACAACUGUGGGGGUUUUAAUUUGUAUUUUAGAACGAGGUGCGACUUCCACUGACGAAGAUCACUGACUUGCACAGGGGAGACACUGAAAGCUCUCCCCCAGCUAUGGAAACAGAGGCAACUGAUGUAUACUCUGCAAGUAACGGAGACUGCCCUCCCAGGAAGACAGAGAACUCUAGAAUGUUGGUGGACCUGUCGGCAAACACACCCAAUGGACAGCAGCUCCAGCAUCCUAAUUCACCCACUGAAAACCCAAUCAAACAGGAAGAUGAGACAGAAGAUGAAGGGGACAGGAGGACCACAGCAGAGGACAUGGGCCAAAGCGGGGAAGAGGGAUCGGGUCUGGAGGAGCCCAUGAUUGACAGCCCAAACAACCUACAGGAUGGGGUCCCCGGGUCAGAAGGGUCAUGUGACCCAGGAACUCGGCUGCCCAAUGGUGAUAGGCCGUUCCAGUGUAACCAGUGUGGUGUGUCGUUCACUCAGAAGGGCAACCUGUUGAGACACAUUAAGCUGCACACGGGGGAGAAGCCCUUCAAAUGCCCCUUCUGCAGCUACGCCUGCCGCCGUCGUGACGCACUCACAGGCCACCUACGCACACACUCAGUGGGCAAACCACACAAGUGCAACUACUGUGGGCGGAGCUACAAACAGAGGAUUUCAUUGGAGGAGCAUAAAGAGCGUUGCCAUAACUACCUUCAGAGUGUUGCCAUGGAUCCCACCUCCAUCACCGGACCUUAUCCAGGUGAGGUCCCUAAAGAGCAGAGGCCCCUGGCCGAGGCUGUUGCCAGGGCAACCUUCGACCGCCCACCAGUCAUCGAGAGACUGCAGAGUAACAUGGGGAAGAGGAAGAGCACCACCCCACAAAAGUUUGUGGGUGAGAAGAUGAUUCGUUACAGUUACCCAGAGCUGAGCUAUGAGAUGGGUCUGAAGUAUGAGAAGGAGGCAGAGCUGAUGCAGGCUCACAUGAUGGACCAGGCUAUCAACAACGCCAUCUCUUACCUGGGCUCUGACUCCCUGAGACCCCUGGUCCACCACCCCCAUCCGCACGGUCCACACGGUCCACACCCAUCCCUCUCAAUGGCUGAGGUGGUAAACAUGGGCAACCCCCUCUUCCACCACGUCUACCCCCUGGAACCAGGGCCAGGGCACCGUAUGGACCGACCAAGCAGCCGGGACGCCCCACCUCAUCCUUCACCUCUGCACCCUCCUCUUCCUGACUUUACUCCCUCCUCCAACGGGCCCAUCGCCCUCACCAGACCUAAGCAGCACCAGCUCCAGGGUACCAGAGAGGAGAGAGAGUGUCCUAGCAAUAGUGGGCUGGACUCGGCCGAAUCUGCACGGAGCAGCCCACAGGAGAGGCUGGGUUACCACAGGAACCACCGAAACAACCCCCACCCCCGACCCAGGUCCAGACCCAGCCCAGCCAAUGGCGGGAGAGAGGAGGGACAAGGUGGGGCUGAGGUGGGUGGGGUGGGGUUGACAGCGGAGGUGGCCCGGGGAGAGGCGGCAGAGACGAGUCGGGACGGGGUGCGUGUGUUUGGGCGAGAAGGCCGGGAGGUGAGGGUGUUCCAGUGUGAGCACUGCUGUGUUCUCUUCCUGGACCACGUUAUGUACACCAUCCACAUGGGCUGUCAUGGUUACAGGGACCCGCUGGAGUGCAACAUCUGUGGCCACCACAGUAAGGACCGCUACGAGUUCUCAUCUCACAUCGUCCGCGGGGAACACACCUUCCAGUAGAGGGCUGGACAAGACAGGAGCCGUCCCUCCCCAUCCCCACCCCAGGACUGUGAUGUUGAACUAACUGUGUGUGAUCAAUGCAGCGAACCAAGGCAGAGAAAACUAACUAACAUUUGCUGCAGCAUAAUGAUACUGACUAUAUAAUUCCAAACAAAUAUAUGAAGGUCUGGGCCAAAUACACAUUUUCAUUUUUUAAGGUGUUUUGAAGAUUUUAAAGUUGAGAUAUGCAUCUGAAGUGAGGGAUUUCUUCGCGUGGAAAAAAGAGGACAAAGAACAAGUACACCUAUUCAGUUUUGUUGUGGUCUGUCUCUGAGAUUGUCAAAGAGCAACUAAUACUGUGAGUAGUUAUAUUAUAGUUUUAUAAGUCGUUUCACUGUCCUUGUCUUGCAUACUGUAUUGUUGCACUUGUUUGCUGCAACACAGACUGCCAUGGAAGAGCUCAACUUGUCAAGGGGGCUUUCCCUGACUCCACCAACCAAACCAUUUCAUGCAAUACACAUCUCUCUGUCUUGUGUCAAAAGCCUUGCUAACUGCAAACUGCUCAGACGUGUUGUCACACCAGCCACAUUAGAGAGGGAGAGAGAAGAGAGAGUGAGAGAGAGAGAGAACAAGAAAGAGAGAAAGAAAGAAAAUAAAAGAGAAAGAGAGAGACUUACUCAGACAUUGAUUUACUUUUCCAGACAUUGUAUACAAAUUUGUCAUUAAAGUGUUGUUCAUUACACUAGCUAACUAUCUGCUUUCAUUAGAACAGUUCCUUUAACCUUAUCAGUUCCACAACACUUCACAGAGGAAAGGAAAAGCACUGCACUGCAACCUGCCUCCCUAAACCUGUUCUUGCACUAGCAGCCUGAUGCCUUGAGGGAUGUGGAGGAAUGGAUUAGGCACUCCCUGGUUGAAUAGCAACUUCACAUAUCUUUCUCGCAGCUUGCCUUUACUCCACUCAUGUGUCUUUAGUGAACAGGCUGCUUUCUGCAGAUUACAUGUCAGUGCAUGUACUCCACUGUACUCCAGGGUUGGGAUCAAUACCAUUUCAAUUCAGUCAAUGAAAAAAAGCAAUAAGGAAAAUUGGCAUUGGAAUUUGGAAUUGCAAUUUACUUUUUUUGUUGAUAGAAUUAAAAUAGAAUUGAUCCGAACUUUGCUGUACAGUGGAUAUGAAUCAUGUGGAAAGCAUUUAGCCCAGUACAAAUGGCAAUGCACUUUAAACCGAUACACUGCUACUGUCAAGUAGACAGAAAGCAGUGUGGUUUAGAGUUUACUGAGAGCCUUUUUAGAAGGAUAAUGCCAAUGAAGAAAGAUGGCACUGAUUUGGAUCAAAUAUGAUAAUCUAGGUGCACUUGGACAAAUGCAUAAGACAAUGUACAUACUGCUCUUUAGAUAACUCAUAUUUUGCUGGCAAAAUAUGUAAUAUCGCUGUUGUUCUGUUUAUUUUGCAGCGUAUACCAUAUUUUGAAUUGACACUGUCUUUUGUCUUGAUAGUCUUUGGCCAUUGGAAUGGCCCUAUGUAUAUGGCCAGGAACAGUUCACUGUUCAAUUCAAACUUCUCCUCUCCUGCCUGGUCUAUGUAACCUUCCUGGUCAAAGUAGCAGCUUAUUUCUGUUUAGAUGACAGCGACUUGGACAAAUGACAUAUCUACUCAUAGUGCAACAGACUUACGGUACUUCUAUUGCAACAGCUUAUUGUUACUGUAAAGUAUUGGCAAUAGUAUCUGUUUACACUUUUUAGUUGUUGUAGUAUCUCAUAUACUAUUGUACAUUGUACAUUCCCACACUGCAUAAUUCUUAUUAAAUAAGCGCCCCUAUUUUUGUAUUUAAUCACACCUUUAUCUUUGAUAAGAUGUAUUUCUAUAGGUGUUCUAAUGCAACGGUAUAGGCCUAUUCUAUGUUAUAGUUGUCUUAAAUCUAUUGUAUGUCUGCCUAUUUUCUUUGUCUAAACAAAUCCACAAACAUAACAGCUCGCUAUGAAGCAAGUAUGAUGCAAAGAAAUCAUUUUUCGAGAUGUUUUUUAGAAUAUACAGCACCAGCCAAAGGUUUUGACACACCUACUCAAUUAAGGGUUUUUCUUUAUUUGUACUAUUUUCUACAUUGUAGAAUAAUAGUGAAGACAUCAAAACUAUGAAAUAACACAUGGAAUCAUUUAGUUAAAAAAAAAAGUGUUAAACAAAUCAAAAUAUAUUUUAUAUUUGUGAUUCUUCAAAGUAGCCACCCUUUGCCUUGAUGACAGCUUUGCACACUCUUGACAUUCUCUCAACCAACUUCAACUGGAAUGCUUUUCAAACAGUCUUGAAGGAGUUCCGACAUAUGCUGAGCACUUGGCUACUUUUCCUUCACUGCGGUCCAACUCAUCCCAAACCAUCUCAAUUGGGUUGAGGUCGGGUGAUUGUGGAGGCCGGGUCAUCUGAUGCAGCACUCCAUCACUCUCCUUCUUGGUCAAAUAGCCCUUAAACAGCGUGGAGGUGUGUUGGGUCAAAAACAAAUGAUAGUCCCACUAAGCACAAACCAGAUGGGAUGGCAUAUCGCUGCAGAAUGCAGAGUGUGCCUUGAAUUCUAAAUAAAUCACCAAAAUUGUCACCAGCAAAGCACCCACACACCAUCACACCUCUUCUUCCAUGCUUCACGGUGGGAACCACACAUGUGGAGAUCAUCUGUUCAGAUACUCUGAGUCGGUUGGAACCAAAAAUCUCAAAUUAGGACUCAUCAGACCAAAGGACAGAUUUCCACCGGUCUAAUGUUCAUUGCUCAUGUUUCUUGGCCCAAGCAAGUAUCUUCUUAUUAUUGGUGUCCUUUAGUAGUGGUUUCUUUGGAGCAAUUUGACCAUGAAGGCCUGAUUCACACGGUCUCCUCUGAACAGUUGAUGUUGAGAUGUGUCUGUUACUUGAACUCUGUGAAGUAUUUAUUUGGGCUGCAAUUUCUGAGGCUGGUAACUCUAAUGAAUGUAUCCUCUGCAACAGAGGUUACUCUGGGUCUUCUUUUCCUGUGGUGGUCCUCAUGAGAGCCUGUUUCAUCAUAGCGCUUGAUGGUUUUUAAGACUGCACUUUAAGAAACUUUCAAAGUUCUUGACAUUUUCUGGAUUGACUGACCUACAUGUCCUAAAGUAAUGAUGUUUUUCUUUGCUCAUUUGAGCUGUUUUUGCCAUAAUAUGGACUUGGUCUUUUACCAAAUAGGGCAAUCUUCUGUAUACCACCCUUACCGUGUCACAACACACCUGAUUGGCUCAAACACAUUAAGAAGGAAAUACUUUAAAAAAAAAUGUAUGUUUAAGAAGGCACACCUCUUAUCCUCAUGAAGCUGGCUGAGAUAAUGCCAAGAGUGUGCAAAGCUGUCAUCUAUGCAAAAGAUGGCUACUUUGAAGAAUCUCAAAUAUCAAAUAUAUGUAGAUUUGUUUAACACUUUCUUGGUUACUACAUGAUUCCAUACGUGUUAUUUCAUAGUUUUGAUGUCUUCACUACUAUUCUACAAUGUAGAAAAUAGUUUUAAAAAAUCAAGAAAAUCCUUCAAUGAGUAGGAGUGUCCAAAUGUCUGACUGGUACUGUAUGAAAAACAUUUGUCAUACCACCUGUAGUAAACAGCACACAAUUGCUUUACUAUCUCUUACAAAAACAUUUAUGCAGAGUAUAAAUAUAACAUACAUUAUAUGUUAUAUUUGUCCCUGUAGAUAAUCUGUUUGUAUUCUGUUUUAUUCUCUCCUUCCAAAAGCAUCGACGUGUGCAGAAAUUGCUUUGGCAACUCCCCCAUUGAGAAAGACAGUGUCAGCACCAAGAUUAGACUUUUGAAGAAUGAUCUAUUUAACAAAAAGUCACUGGGAAGAAAACAAUACAGAUGAUUGUUUUUGAAUGUGAACUCGAUAGCGUAGAGUUAAAUGUGUUUUUUUUUUUUUUCACCUGCAGCUUUUACUGUGUGUAUAUGUAGAGGCCUUAGCUCAAAGUGCUUGUUUCUGGACCUACCGCUGUUGUACGAGCCGUCUUACCUCUGUUUGUACAACCUUGUUAAAGAGUGAUGAAUAUAAAGUUGAAGCAUCAUGUGUAAAUAUAUCUGUAGGCUAUAGCAUAUAUAUGAACUUAUAUGAGCCUAUAUGAACACAAAGAAGAAGUGAUAUUAUUGACAGACUCCACACUCCUAGAUGAAGAGCAUACUUGAAGUGGAAUUAGUGACGCUCCUGAUUGUGCUACAUUUUUAUACUUACUGAAAACGGAGCUAGAUUUAUAUUUUUCUUGGUAAAUGUAAAAUAUGAAUAGUUUUGUGAAAAUGACAUGCUUUUUUAUUAUUCUUAAGCGCAAACCAACAAAACUGGUAAAAGAGGGUUACUGUGUAUUGUUGUAAACAUAUUAUAUAUGGUGUUUAUUUUGGCACUAUGAAAAUGGGUUAGGAAUGUGCACUUAUAUAUUUGUUGUAAUGAUUAUCAUGUGGGGUACUCAGGUAUUUGUCUUCUAUGUACUUCUACUUUUGUAUUUCUUAAAAUACAUAUUGAAAUAGAUAUUUUUUUUUAUAAACUAAAUUUAAAAAAUAAUCAUUUGGGAUAUUGCUUUUAUUGAUAGGUUCAUCUCUGAAAUUGGUGAAUUAUGUGAUGUUACAAAUGCUACAAAUUAAAAUACCUGAAGAGAAUAUUGAGGUAUUACCAAAACCAAUGUUGCUACUGAAGUUUGCUUCCAAUAUAAUUGAAAUGAAAUGAAGAUACUGUGCUGUAAAUAGCAAAAUAUUUGUUUAUGACAUGAGCUUUCCACUAUUAAAUUAUAGAUUGUUUUGUAUGGA